GAGGACGGGCACCGGACGGGAUGCCGGCGGCGUUGGGAGCCGGGCUGAGCGCGGAGCCGGCGGCCGGGGCGCCCUGAAGCAGCGCCACAUGUCCCGCAAGAAGAGCCCCAAGGGCAAAGGCGGCAGCGCCGCGCCCUCCUCCGCCCUGCCCGCCGCCCAGCAACGGGCGCGGGCGCGGCCCAGGAGGGGGCGGCCAACGGGGGGGGCGCUGCCCAGCCGGCCCUCGCUCAGCAGCAGCGGCGAGUUCCACGACGUCGCCUUCAAGGUGAUGCUAGUUGGUGAUUCCGGAGUAGGCAAGACCUGUUUGCUGGUGCGCUUCAAGGACGGCGCUUUCUUGGCUGGGAGCUUCAUCUCGACAGUGGGGAUCGAUUUCCGGAAUAAAGUCUUGAAUGUGGAUGGCGUCAAAGUAAAACUGCAGAUUUGGGACACGGCUGGCCAGGAGAGGUUCCGCAGUGUCACCCAUGCUUACUACCGGGAUGCCCACGCUUUGCUGCUCCUCUAUGAUGUCACAAACCGAGCAUCCUUUGACAACAUCCAGGCUUGGCUGACAGAAAUCCACGAAUAUGCAAAGCAAGACGUGGUCCUUAUGUUGCUGGGAAACAAGGUGGAUUCAACCCAGGACCGAGUGGUGAAAAGAGAAGAUGGGGAGAAAUUAGCAAAGGAAUACGGGGUGCCCUUUAUGGAGACCAGUGCCAAGAGCGGAUUGAAUGUGGACUUAGCGUUCAUGGCCAUCGCCAAGGAGCUGAAGCACCGGUCCAUGAAGCUGCCCAAUGAGCCCCGGUUCAGACUGCACGACUACGUCCGGAAGGAGGUGAAAGGCGCUGGCUGCUGCCGCUCAUAGACUCUCUCUUGGGGGUCCUGUCCAGACCCCCCACCGCCCCCUUCAGCAGUCCACCCUGCCUGCUGCAUCCGUGUCUGCCACUCUCGUUCUCCUCCUUCCUGCUGCACAAGCUCUACAAAUCUCUUCCUUGUGUCUUGUUGUCUUUGUCAAGGUGAAACUUGGAAGGAUAAAUGGUGGGGGAUGGGCAGCUUCAUUUCCUUCCCCGGGGCAGGCAGGUGGUUUUCCAAAAGAGAGCCGGGUUAGAGGCAGCAACAGACAAUCUGAAUUAUGGACAGGGCCUUUGGGGGUGGGGGGAGGGAGGGGGAGGUAUGGUUUGCGGAGUCUCAGUGUGAUAUCCUGCAUGAGUGCCCCCAAAGGGAGUGGGGUCACAGGGGAGCCUCCCCUAAGUCAGAGGUCUUCAAACUUGGCAGCUUUAAGACUUAGCUGGCUGGAGAAUUCUGGGAGUUGAAGUCCACAAGUAUUAAAGCUGCCAAGUGUGGGGACCCCUGCCCUAAGUCCUUGCCAGGGAGGGUCCAGUUGCCAUGGGUUGACCUAAUAUAGCGACUGUUUAUGUGGGACUUCAGCUCCACUUUCAUCAUUACUGCCUCAAUGAGUACCCAAACAUGGGGAUUUCAUUCUUUUUUUUUUUUUUAAUAGAUCGAACUUAAAUGUUUGGUGUGUGCUAUUGCCGAUAAGUUUUUCGAACACGUUUUUUUCAAAACACCCAAACUCGAUGACUAUUCUUGGCUGUCUCGCAGGGCAGAAUAAAAUGUUCCCUCUGCUUUGGUGGUUGUGCUGCAGCUCUGGCAAUUUUCCUGCGCAGUAGGGUGUGCCUUUUUUUUUUUUUGUAAACGCGCAACACAAAAUGAUGGGAAUAAAUUGGGUCCUUCAUUUCCUUAUUGCAUCUCCAGUGGUUGAUCCCAAGUACGGUUGAUCUCCUUCCAGGAAUUCUAUCCCCGUUUCUCUCUUUUCAUCAAGAAGGCCCUCUGCUCGGACAUAUGCACCCACCCAAAGAAGGGGAGUGUGACCCAGAGCCCCAAUGGCAAGUGGGGAAAACAUCUCUCCAGAUCAAGGCUGGCAAGUAAUUCUUGGGUCAGGCUGAUGGGACAGAGACGUAGCAGGUAGGAGCUGUGGUGGUGCAGUGGUUAGAAUGGAGCAUUGCAGGCUGACUCUGCCCACCACCAGUUCGAUCCUGAUCAACUCAAGGUUGACUUCCAUCCUUCCAAAGUCAGUAAAAUGAGGACCCAGAUUGUUAGGGGCAAUAUAUUGACUCUGUAAACUGUUUAAGAGAGGGCUAUAAAGCACUAUGGAGUGAUAUAUAAGUCUUAAAUACUAUUGUUAUCUCUCCAUCAUCUAUCUCCUUCUCUCAUUGUAGUGGUUCAGUGGUUAGGCUGACUGUCCACCGCCAGGAGUUCCAUCCUGACCGGCUCAAAGUUGGCUCAGCCUUCCGUCCUUCCGAGUUUGGCAAGAUGAGGACCCAGAUUGUUGGGGGAAAUAAGCUGACUCUGUAAAAUCACUUGAAGAGUGCUGCAAAGAACUAUGAAGUGGUAAUAGAAGACGAAGUGCUAUUGCUAAGUCUUCCAGCGGAAGGCAGGAAGCAUGUAGACCCCCCCCCCGGGAUUCUGAUGGCCAUUCUCUCCCCACCCCGACUGAGGUGAUCCUGUCCAGCUGUGGAAUAGGCUCUACUCCUCCAUGCAAUCAUCUUUCCUUCAACAUUUUUACUUGGCCCUGUGACUUGCUAGCAGUCUUCUCAACCUUUGAGCUUCUCCAACCUAUGGCCCUCCAGAUGCAUAGGUCUGUCAACUCCUACAAUCCCACUAGCUGUCAAGUUUCCAAAAGAUACCCUAAUUAAUUCAUGAGCCAUGAUCCAAACUUCAAAGGAAAUAGUCAUUAGGAGCACCAUUCCGGCAAUACUGGGAUGCAGUUAGGACUAAUCCUACGUAGAUUUACGUUCCCCUAUGACCCUGUCUCUCCCCUCCUCUCUGGCCAUGUCAUAAAUCACAUUCUCCAAUUAACCACUUUGGCUGGCUGUGAAACCCAACGCCCUCCUUCUGAUUGCGGUCAGGAGAAUGUAUGGAAUUCACUUCAGUUUUCCCUCCCUCCUGCUCAUGGCAACUUGAAAGCUUUGCAAGUUGACACUAGCGCAGCCACGGUGGAAGUCCAACAGACCUGGGGGAGCAUCUACUGGUGUAGAGCUCUUUCAAGGAAGCUUCUGGCUCGAUUGUGCAAUCCAGGCAAGCCAGCAGCUCAACUUUAGCAGGGGACAAGCGUAUCUUAUCAGCCAGUUUAUUUCAGGGCAUUGGGCAAUGUGGAUUAGGUGCUUUGUGAUACUUUGUGUGCUAAAAUUGCCAUUGGGCUUUCCUUGUUAAAUGUCGUUUUCCUUGUACCCAGCAGAUGUGUUUUAAGUUAAAGAGUCCUUUACACAAGCCCUAAAUUGGAUUAUUGUUACCAUUCUCCAAGGAAGAAAUCUUAUCAAAGGCAGCUUGCAUGUCGCAUGUCUGCAGUUCUUAGUGGCUUGUUACGUUCACAAGCCAGGAGGAAACUGCGUGCAAUGCAGAACUGCAGGAGUUGGGCCAGUCUUGCCUUAACUUCGAAGGCCCUGCAUUUGUGGCUUGGCUUUGGCAAUCCCCAUCCGGCAGGCCAGCCCGUUUCCUACCUGGCUUUGGUGCCAUGUAGCUGGAGGGGCAUCUUGAAAGUGUUAUUUAUGUACCAAGGUAACUGUUGGCUCUUGUUUAUAGGCUUUUUGGGGUUUCUCAUAAUAAACGAUUUUUUAACGAUGCUUGCUUUAAGGUCUAAAAGCAGGCCUCCUUCCUAAAAA